AUGGCUUUGGACGCCUUUUCAGGCGAAUCUGACCCUAUGGAACACCUGCGUUACUUUAACACCAAAAUGGUCAUUGGCGGGGCAACAGACGAGGCUGGCCAUCUAGCAAAUUUUGUUAAAGACACAACAACACCAGAAGCUACUAAGAUAACACAAGGGGAUAAAGGCAGAGGAAAGGAGAUAGUGGAAGAGUUGGGCGACCCCGUUGGAGAAUGCUCGUCCAUUGCAGGGGGAUUUGGAGGAGGCGUGAUUUCAAGCAAUGCUAGAAAGCGUUAUGUGGCGGCCGUACAUUCCGUGCACGAAGCAUAUGAGGGCGAAUGCUGGUUGAAUCACUCUCCCAUUACAUUCAUCCCUCAGGAUUUUGCUCAGGAGUCAGACCUGAAACCAUAUAAGGGAACCCUGGUGGGAUUUACAGGGGACCGGGUCAAUGUGCGAGGAUAUGUUGAAAUACCAACGGCUUUUGACGAGGGGGAUUUUGUUAAAAAAUUUCAGGUGAAAUAUCUGGUAUUGGCAUGUAGAGCCAAUUACAACGUACUCUUGGGGCGCGACACCCUUAACAAGUUGUGUGCUGUAAUUUCAACCGCGCAUUUAACUGUUAAGUACCCUGCUUGUAAUGGGAAGGUGGGCGUCCUUCGAGUGGAUCAGAAUGCAGCAAGAGAGUGUUACCUUAGAAGUGUAGCUCUCUAUGGGCGAAAGGCCGCCAAGGAAAGCCACCGUAUCACAGAGAUUUUUCCACACGAAGGGUUUAGCUUGGACCCAAGAGAUGACGCUGAUGACUUCCGCCCACAACCUUUGGAAGAAACAAAAUCAGCACAAAUUAAAGAUAAGGUUCUGAAAAUCGGCAGCGGCUUAACAAAGGAACAAGAAGAAAGAUUGAUCACCUUGUUGGGCGAGAAUUUGGAUCUUUUUGCAUGGACAAUUGAUGACGUUCCAGGCAUCGAUCCCAAUGUAAUCACUCAUAAGUUGGCAAUACGGCCAGGAGCAAAACCAGUCAUCCAACCAAGGCGAAGGAUGAGCGAUGAAAAGAAUAAGGCGGUACAAGUAGAAACUGAGAAGUUGAUCAAGGCACAAUUUAUUCGUGAGGUGCAGUACCCAACCUGGCUCACCAACUUGGUAGACGGGGCUUCCGGCAACGAACUUUUAAGUCUAAUGGAUGCAUAUUCUGGCUACAAUCAAAUCAUGAUGCAUCCUUCGGAUGAGGAAAGUACGACGUUCAUGACUAACCAAGCAAAUUAUUGCUAUAAAACCAUGCCUUUUGGUUUGAAAAAUGCUGGAGCCACAUAUCAACGCCUCAUGGAUAAAAUUUUUUCAAAGCAAGUUGGAAGAAAUAUGGAAGUGUAUGUAGACGACAUGAUUGUAAAGUCCGCCAGGGCUGGUGACCACGGCGAUGAUCUUAAGGAAGAAUUUGCUCAAUUAAGAACAUAUCAAAUGAAGUUAAACCCUGAGAAAUGUUCUUUUGGGAUUCAGGGGGGAAAGUUCCUGGGAUUUAUGUUAACGUCAAGGGGGAUUGAAGUAAAUCCUGAUAAGGGGAAGGCGAUCUUGGAAAUGAAAAGCCCAACAAGUGUAAAGGAGGUUCAACGUUUAACAGGACGCAUGGCCGCCUUAUCACGAUUUUUGCCAAUGGCGGGAGACAAAGCGGCCCCAUUCUUUACCUGUUUAAAAAAGAACUUGAAGUUUCAAUGGAAUGAGGCAUGCGAACAAGCUUUUACCAAGUUGAAAGAAACAUUGGCAACGCUACCAGUGCUUUCCAAACCCACGCCAGGCGUUCCUUUGAUACUUUACUUGGCAGUCACUGACAAGGCGGGGGCGGAAUCGCGGUACCAAAAAAUUGAAAAAGCGGCUUUGGCAAUUCUGAAAACAGCGAGGCGUCUUAGGCCAUAUUUUCAAGGUUUCCAAGUCAAGGUUAAAACCGACGUUCCCUUAAGACAGGUACUCCAGAAGCCUGAUUUGUCAGGGCGAUUGGUCAGCUGGUCAGUUGAGUUAUCAGAAUACGAUAUACAAUACGAGCCAAGGGGCCAAGUUACAAUCCAAAGUUUGAUCGACUUUGUGGCAGAAUUAACACCUGCGGAAGGCGAGAAAACGCAAGGAGAGUGGGUCCUAUCCGUGGAUGGAUCCUCCAAUGACACUGGAAGUGGGGCUGGGAUAACUAUUGAAAGCCCAGACAAAAUGGUCAUCGAACAGUCUUUAAAAUUUGAGUUCAGGGCGAGCAACAAUCAAUCCGAAUAUGAGGCUUUAAUCGCCGGCUUAAGGCUUGCUAUUGAGUUGGGCGUCCAGAAGUUAUUCAUCAAAGGAGAUUCGCAGUUGGUUGUUAAACAGGUAAAAUGCGAGUAUCAAGUGAAGGAUCCGCAACUUUCUAAAUACUUGGAAGUGGUACGCAGAUUAAUGAUGGAAGUAAAAAAUAUAAGGAUAGAACAUGUUCCCAGAGGUCAAAAUGAGAGGGCUGAUGUGCUGGCAAAAUUGGCCAGUACGGGGCGAUUGGGCAAUUAUCAAACAGUCAUCCAAGAAACCCUUCCUCGCCCAAUUAUUGAUCUGGUGGAAGUAAAGUUGAAAGCAGUAAAGUCAGUGACUGAAGGCGAGCCUUCUUGGAUGGAGUCAAUCAAGAUUUUUCUGGAAAAUCCUCCAAGGGACGACGAUCUGAACUCAAGGGCAAAACGUAGGGAGGCCAGUUUUUACACACUGAUAGAUGGCGAAUUAUAUCGGCGGGGAAUUAUGUCUCCUAUGCUCAAGUGUGUUGACACUAAGGAUGCCCCUGGGAUAAUGGCGGAAGUCCAUGAAGGAGUGUGCUCCAGUCAUAUCGGUGGAAGAUCAUUAGCAGUAAAGGUACUGAGGGCAGGAUUUUAUUGGCCAACAAUGAAGAAGGACUGUCUGGAAUACGUCAAGAAAUGUUAA